CCUAGAUCUUCUUUUUUGUUGUUGAUAUUCUUUUAAAAAUUGUUCAGUUGAUCAAAGAUAAGACACAGGGGCUGCGGCCAUUUUUUCACCGGAAUCUUCUUUUUUUCCCGGUGAAAGUUUGAACGCACAGCGUUAUUUCUAGCUAGAAGUACUAGAUAAUGUCAUGUGAAAAACAUCACAAGUUUUUGAAGAUUUGUAAUUAAUUAGUUGAGAUUUUUACAGAGAUUUUUAAUUUGGAGGAAAGAGAAAAACAGAGAAGAUGAUAGGGCGGGUGGGCUUGUUGUUGGUAUUGUUGAUAGCAACGACGGCGACUAUUGGGGCUGAAACGACGACGUUAAAAGGGGUAAACAGAAACGCGUAUGCGACUAUGAUGUAUAUGGGAACUCCGAGGGACUACGAGUUCUACGUGGCGACUCGAGUAAUGCUCCGAUCACUUACCCGGCUAGGAGUUGAAGCCGAUCUCGUCGUUAUUGCUUCACUUGAUGUUCCUCUUCGCUGGGUUCAAACUCUAGAACAGGAAGAUGGUGCUAAGGUUGUGAGAGUUAAAAAUCUGAACAAUCCGUAUUGUAUCAACCCUAAUUGGAGAUUCAAGCUCACACUGAACAAACUUUAUGCGUGGAGCCUCGUAAAUUAUGACAGGGUUGUCAUGCUUGAUGCUGACAACCUUUUCCUCCAGAAAACUGAUGAACUGUUCCAAUGUGGCCAGUUUUGUGCUGUCUUCAUUAAUCCCUGCAUCUUCCACACUGGUCUCUUUGUAUUGCAGCCAUCAAAAAAGGUGUUCAAUGACAUGAUCCAUGAGAUAGAGAUUGGGAGGGAAAAUCAAGACGGUGCAGACCAAGGUUUUAUUGGAGGCCACUUCCCAGAUUUGCUUGAUCGGCCAAUGUUCCACCCUCCUCUUAAUGGUACCCAGCUCCAGGGAAGUUACAGGCUUCCUCUAGGAUACCAAAUGGACGCCUCUUAUUAUUAUCUCAAACUCCAUUGGUCGGUACCUUGUGGACCUAAUAGUGUCAUUACAUUUCCUGGUGCUCCAUGGUUAAAACCAUGGUAUUGGUGGUCAUGGCCUGUCUUACCCUUGGGCAUCCAGUGGCAUGAACAGCGACGUCUAACUGUUGGGUAUGGUGCUGAGAUGAUAGCAGUGUUGAUCCAAUCUAUAUUUUACCUAGGAAUAAUUGCAGUGACACGCCUAGCACGCCCAAAUUUAUCAAAGUUGUGCUAUCGCCAUGAUGAUAGCAAGAGUGCCUUCUUACUACGAACUGGCCUUAAAUUUAUUGCUAUAUGGUCCAUUCUUGCUGCCUACACAGUUCCUUAUUUCGUGAUUCCUUGUACAGUUCAUCCACUAGUUGGCUGGAGUCUCUACUUACUCGGCUCUUUUUCACUAUCCUGUAUAACAGUGAAUGCAUUUCUUUUGCCGAUGCUACCUGUUUUAGUCCCAUGGAUUGGGAUCCUUGGGGCCCUUUUGGUGAUGGCUUACCCUUGGUACAACGACGGUGUUGUAAGAGCAAUGGCUGUAUUUACAUACGCCUUCUGUGCUUCUCCAGCAUUAUGGAUGGCAUUGGUUAAAAUCAAGUGUUCUCUUCAUGUUUCACUUGAGAGGGAAGGAUUCUUGCCCAAGAUAAGUGAAUCUACAGCACCUGCUGGUUCUAACAAACUGUAUUGAAAGUCGAAAAGUUAAAGGAAUCAACAGGAGAACUAAUGCUUCAGAAACAUCUCCAAACGUUUUGCUUAGGAGACUUGGAGUCUGCUUGUGCUAUCCUAGCUAGUUGCUUCAGUCUGUGCUCUUAAUUAGAAUGGAAUUCUGUGAGUGGGUUUAGAAUUGGGAGGAUGUUUUGUGU